GGGAUUCGAAAUUUAGAAAUGAAAUUAAGUGAAUUUAUAUUAGUAGUAAAAGAGCAUUUAUUAUCAUGGCAAAUGGAUAUAUCGAAUCGCGAAACGAAACUGAUGAGAUGCCUAACAAAUUUAUUUGAAGAAAUAGAUUUGAACGGCAAUGAAAUUUUAGAAUGGGACGAAUUCACUAAUUAUGUAAUAGAAAAGGCAACAGUAUUAAAUAAUAUAAAAACAAAAGCAGAUGAAAUAAAAUAAUAUACUAAAUCUCACACAAAGCCUCAACAAGCAAUAAAUAAUAAAUUAUUAACACAUAAAUUCAAUAAUUUGUUAACGAAGCUUAUUUAUAUUCCACACAUUGAUCGAUUGGCCUUAUAUGAAGAAGGAUCAGAUGAGAUCAUUUUUAUGAAUCCAGAAAAUGGAAUUAUAAAUAAUAAAACAUUAAAAGUUAUUCCAAAAUCACUUUUCGUGACUACAUCUACAGUUAAAAAGGAUGAAGAGGGUUUAAUUCAUGUAGAAACUAAAAAAAAUUUUAUUGAUUUAAAAACUAUGAUUUUAGAUAUUUUAUAUAUUCCAGAUAAAAAAUAUUAAAUUUUAUUAACUUCUUCUAAUGAUAAAUAUGUUCGAGGAUGGAAAAAUACUUCUAAUGGAUGGAUUUUAGCUUGUUAACCUGAUAAUGAAGAAGAACUGAUUGAGCAUGAAUUUAAAAACGAAAUUUACUGUCUUGCAUGGGAUUCUUUAAAUGAAAUAUUAUACUGUGGUUAGAAAAAUGGGAAUAUUGUGAUUUGGUAUUUUAAAACUGAUACAGAAAAAGAUCUAGAAAAAGAUUGUGCGCACACUGAAGUAAUUAUGGACAUGAUUGCGAUGCCAAAAUUGUAAUUUUUGGCUACCGCAGCACUUGAUGGGAAUCUAAUUCUUUGGGAUACAAUUAUUAAUAAGAAAAAAAGAGUCUAUAAAGAACAUUCUAGAGGUAUUACUUCGUUGUCUUUUAAUGAAGCUUUGAUUUUGCUUUUUUCAGCUGGGUUUGAUCAUAAUAUUUGUGUGUGGAACCCUUACAUUGAUAAUUUAAUUUAUAAAAUUUCAGGACAUUCAAGUCCUUUACUUGUUGUAAAAGUAAUUGAAGGAACUUCUUAGAUUGUUUCUUUGGAUUCCGAUGGGAAUGUAAGAAUUACUGAUAUUAAAAAAUUUAGUAAUGUUUAAACCUUCUCUAUAGAAACAUCAGAUGAAAAGCAUAAAUUUAACCCUUAAUGUUUAACUUAUAUUCCUAAACCGUUAAAAUUGGCUUUUUGUGGAAGAACAAUAUCUAUUUAUGAAUAUGAUAAAAAUUAUAAUCCGAAUUCUGUCGAUGAUUUUGUUGCUAUUUGUUGUGCUUUUGUACCUUCUUAAUUAUCUUUUUAUACACCAGCGGGUAAUAAAAUAAAAUUAUGGAAUGCUUUGACUGGAGAUGUGAAAAAAAUAUUUUCUGACAUCACUAAUGGAGAAAUUACUUGUUUUGCUUUAGAUAAUCUUAAAAGAAGAAUGCUUAUAGGUGACUCUUUAGGAUAAAUAGGUAUAUAUAAUACUUAUAAUGGUGCUAUGAUUAAAUCAUUGCCCAAACAUACAGCUGAAGUUACACAUAUUGUACAUGCUUCUUCGAUUAAAACUUUUAUUUCAGCUGCAAUGGAUAAUAAGAUUAAUAUGACCGUAGAUAAUGAUUUCGGUGAAAAUGAACUUAUAAGAACUUUUGAAUUAAAAGAAGUUACAAUAACCUCCUUGGCUUUUAAUGAGUUAAGUAAAUUAAUAGUAGUUGCAACAAAUACAGGCAUAACACAAUUUUAUGAAAGCGAUACAGGAAAAUGUAAUGGAAGUUAUUCAGAAUUAACGCAAUAUGAAGAAAUAACAUCUUUAAAUUGCAUUGAGAAAAUUCCAUAUAUGAUCACAACAACAACAAAUGGAAAAAUAAAUUUUAUAGCUUUGCCACCUCUAUUAUAUAAAUUUUAAAAAGUUUAUAGCUUUAAAAACGAUGAUACAGAAUCAAUACAAAAAGCUAAGAAAGAAUUAGAAGAUAAAAAAGAACAAUAACAAUAUUAGUUGAACAUUAACAUUUAGUAGCCAAUAGUAUCGUAGCUAACAUAAAAAAAGAAAGAGAAUCCAACAAUUACAAACUAAAAUAUAAGUAUUUCAAAUAGUAUUUUAUGUAAUGCGACGAAACGUUUAUUUGUUUCUGAUGAUAAGGGCUUUAUUAAAUGUUUUGAUAUUUCUUAAAUUAUUCAUGCAUUGGAAAAAUCUUAUAUUAACCAUUAAGACAAAUCUGGAAAUAGAAAUAAAUCUUUCCUUUCUCCACCAUCUUUUGAGGGAGUUUCUUCACAAGAAGUUUGGACUUAAAGGGCGCAUUUCGAGAUGAUUAAAUCAAUUGAGUAUAUUUUUGAUGAAAACCUUCUUAUUACUACUGCUUAUGAUAAGAAAGUCAAAAUUUGGGACUCUAACACAGGAAAUCUUAUUGAUUAAUUGUAAUAAAACUAUGAUAAAAUUGAACCUAGGCCAAUUGCAUUUAAAAGAAGUGGAACUGAAGAAAUUUAUGAUUCUAAUUUAGAAGAAAGAAUUGAUUUAAAAAGAAAAGAAUCACUCAGAAAUAAAAGAAUAGAAGAUAAAAAUAUUAAAUAAACUACACAAACUAAUACUAAUAUUCCUGUUUCGAUGACUUUUUAAGCUAAAUCAUCAUCUAUUGCAUAAGUUGAUUAGUUAGAUAAAUAAUAAGCAAAUACAAAUGAUGAUAUUUAUGCUAAUUUCCAUCCAAACAAAUCAGAAGAAGAAGAAUUUAGUCCUUUUUAUUAUUUAGAUAAAAUUAAUGUAUAGAAACUUUAAAGUCUAAAAAGCAAUCCAGAAUGGAAACUCAAUAUUAAUUAUUAAAAAUAUUAUGAAUAAUAUGAAAAACAUAUUAAUGAUUUAAAAAAAGAUGUUUUAAUUAAAGAAUAGCAACUUUAAGAAAAAAGACAAAAAUAAGGAAUAAAUAACAGAAGAUUUAAAGUUAAUACAUAUUAAAAUUAGGAUGAAUAAUAAAAUUUUGAUUCUGAUUUUAGGCCUUUGUUAAAAGAAGAAUAAGGAUUAAAAUUAGAUGCCUAAACUAUCGUAAAAUCUUAAACGGAUAUUCGAAUUUAAGAUGGAUUGUAAAAGAUUACUAAUUCUUAAGUAAGCAUGGUUAAAAUUGAUAAUACUAAAAGUUAAAAAAACAUAUAAACUGUUACUUAAAAAAACAUUUAGCCUAUUCAAGAAGAAAAUUAAGCAGAACCUUUUGCAUUAUUAGGGGAUAAAAAAGCUCCUGUAUCAAAUUUGUACAAAAAAGAACUUUAAAGCAAACUUCUUUUUGGUAAUAAUCAAUAGGAAAUAAAAUUAAGUCAAGAAGAAGUAAAUGCUGCGCAUAGACUUGCUGCUGCUCUUGCUAAUUACGAUAAAAAUGAUUAUAGAAGUUUGAAAUUUUAUAAUAUUUAGGUUAAAGAAAAUAAAAAAAAUAAUCAAAAACCUUAAAAAUAAUCUAAUGAAAGUAAUUAUAGAUGAUUUUUUUUUAUAAAAAUAUUUAGAUCCAUUUAUAAAAGUUAGUUUUUGUUUAGAAUUUUUUUAAUAUUUUAAAUUUAAACU